AUGGAAGCCAGAGGAAAGUUUGACUUUACUGCAGUAACAGAUGAUGAGCUGGGCUUCAAACAGGGCGACAUAGUCAAGAUUAUACAUUAUGACAACAUCUGGUGUAAAGCAGAGAUGAAUGGAGAGGAGGGGCUUGUGCCACGUAACUUCCUUGACAUUCAUUUUCCAAGAUGGUUUCGGGAGGAUGCCACUCGUGGAGAUGCAGUGGAGUUUCUGAUGAACAAACACAUGGGAGAGUUUGUGAUCCGAGGGUGUCGGACCAGCCCGGGAAACUUCUGCAUUUCUGUCAAGUAUGAGCAGGGCAUGAUGCAUUACAGAUUGCUGAGGGACAAGAGAGGUCAUUACUUCCUGUGGAGGGAAAAAUUCACCUCCCUGAACAAACUGGUGGACUUCUACAAAACCAACUCAAUCUCCAAAAGCAGGAUAAUCUACCUCAACGUCAAUGGGAUCCUGGACCAAGGCGGCCCCUCCGAUGCUCAGCCAGUAAAGACCAGUCGAUACCCUAUGAGGAGCACUUACAGGAUGGAAGAACUCACUUUAGAGGCGUUCAGGGAGGGACCACCGUCUAAUGUGACCAACCAGCCAACUGCGUCUUGUUUUCGAGUGAUGGCGAUGUGCGACUUCCCUGCUAUACAAGACGACGAGCUUGGUUUCAACGCAGGAGACGUCAUCGAGGUGCUGGAUAUGUCUGAUCCUUUUUGGUGGAAAGGGAAGCUGAAAGGAAUUAUUGGACUGUUUCCUGUAAAUGCCACACGACCACUGUGA